UGAUCGCGACUCGGGAGGAAAAGAUGACCCGCCGUUGCCUGUGGUGUCCGGCCGGCCGGCUGGCUAGCCUACUGGCGGGAAGCUCCUUGGAGCGGGGGGUUCUCCAGACUGUGCCCUACCUCGCAGGGCCGUUGUGAGGGAAGCAGGGCCGCCGCCACUUGCUUCGCCUGGAGAGGCGGCAGCAGGUCCCGCCCAUACUAGAGCCCGGUUAAGGGAAGGAAGAUGCUGGGCCCCUUCCCCGACGCGCGUUGCAGCCCUAGGCCAGCCCUGCAGGUGCUGGCUGGGCGGGGGCAGCCCCGAGGCGCGCCCUCUUCCUGCUGCUCCGGGCUACCCGCCUUUUCCUCGGCUGGCGCUUCUUCCGCGCAGGCAACUACUCGGGAGGAGGAGGAUUUCGCCCUUGUACUUUGGUUGCAUUUUCCACACACCCAACGUGGCUUUUGCCCUGCCUGGAGGGAUGGAGAGAGCCGGGCUCCUCUGCAGGGAGGAGUCGGGAGAGAUCCGUUGGCCCGGCGGCAGGAAAUCCUUUGGCGGCAGGCAGCCGCCCGCUCGUCUCGGGUCCCUGGUUGCUCCUGCAGCAGCAGCAGAAGCAGCACCUGCUGGUUCCUGGCUGGGAGCCCAUUCCGCCUGCGGGGAAAAUGCUCUCUGGGCGCGGUGGGCUUCAGGGCUAAGGGACCCCCCCCCAACACUUUCCUUCUCUGCCCAAGCAGCCCCCACCUGCUGCUUGGCGAUGCUCCAUGUGGAGGCAGGAAGCUCUUUGCAAUGUUGCAGUUUCAAGGCUCUUUUCCCCAGUCCCAGGCACGGCUGGCUUCAGGCUUUCCUGGUGGGUGGGGGUGGUGCAAUCCCCCACCCCACCCGAUGCUCUUACCUGGCCUGGGCUUGUCUGCGAGGGCAGCAGCGGUUGGGCUGCUUCUGGCCUCAGAGAAGUUCGGCUGGUUUCUCUCCCUCCACCCCAGUGCCUCUUCCUUUCGUCAUCCUGCAGAAAGUGGAUUACCAAGAGGAGCGGAUGUUGCCGUUUCAGCCAAAAGAAUAUAGAGAUGUUGAAAGUGGAGCUUACUCACAAACACUUGACCCGUAGUCUACCGAAAGAAAAUUCUUUACAGACAGUAUUCCUCAUUUUGGACUCUGGGAUGUUGGGCUUUAGGAGGGAGCUUAACCUGCUGUUUAAAAAUGUUCAGGGUUCCUAAAGCAUUAAUCAGAACUCAGUUUCAAAUAUUCAAACUUCUGAAGUUUGAAGGUUUGCUAAAUUGUGACUGUGGUUGCACUUCUUUUUCAGUACCCUGGAAGACCCCCCCCCCUCCCCAGUAUGUGGAUCCAUUGGUUCCUUGAGCUUUGAAAUGUGACUUAAAAACAAAAACACAGCACCAUGAAAAGCUCAGUCUCUAGGAAUGUAAGAGAUUGAGUUGCUGGGAAUGAGGACCCAAAGCAGAAGGGAAACAGCCACCAGCUAUGAACCAGAUGGGCAGCACAAGUGGUACCAGUCCUGCUGCUGCCGUCCCCAAGCCCAACAAGCCCAAGAAUGACAUCACCAGCGAGAUGGUCCGGUCCUCCAGUGUGCUGGUGUCAGAGGAGAUGCGGGGCUUGUCCAUGCAGACCUUUGGGCUGAGAGACACCAUCAUCAAGUCUCAGCUCCUGCAGAAGGAGGACGAGUACACAUACCUCCAGAGCUUCAAGUUUUUCGUGGGCACAUACAAUGUGAACGGCCAGUCGCCCAAGGAGACUCUCCAGCCCUGGCUGAGCCACGAUGCUGAGCCUCCAGACAUUUACUGUGUGGGCUUCCAGGAGCUUGACCUGAGCAAAGAGGCCUUUUUCUUCAAUGACACGCCAAAAGAAGAGGAAUGGUUCAAAGCUGUGACUGAGAGCCUUCACCCGGAGGCCAAGUAUGCCAAGGUUAACAUGCAGGUAAAGCUUAUCCGGCUUGUUGGGAUCCUGAUGCUAUUCUACGUCAGGACUGAGCUCGCUGUGCAUGUUUCUGAGGUGGAGGCCGAGACGGUUGGCACGGGCAUCAUGGGGAGGAUGGGCAACAAGGGGGGAGUGGCCAUCCGCUUCCGGUUCCACAACACCACCAUCUGCUUCGUGAACGCCCACCUGGCAGCCCACACCGAGGAGUACGAGCGGCGGAACCAGGACUUCCGUGAUAUCUGUGGACGCAUGCAGUUCUGCCCGCCAGAGCCAGGCCUCCCACCCCUCACCAUUGGCAAGCACGAUGUGGUCUUGUGGCUGGGAGACUUGAACUACAGGCUGGAGGAGCAGGACGUGGAGCGGGUGAAGAAGCUGGUGGAGGCCCACGAUUUCGCCACCCUUUAUCAGCAUGACCAACUGAAAAAGCAGAUGGAGGCCAAGGCGGUCUUUGAAGGCUUCCUGGAGGGAGAGAUUUCCUUCCAGCCAACGUACAAAUACAACACUGGGUCUGAUGACUGGGACACCAGUGAGAAAUGCCGCACGCCAGCCUGGUGUGACCGGAUCCUGUGGAGAGGGAAGAAUAUCUCUCAGCUGAGCUACCGGAGCCACAUGGCCUUGAGGGGCAGCGAUCACAAGCCAGUCAGUGCCAUCUUUGACAUUGGGGUGAAGGUGGUGGACAAGGAGCUCUACCGCAGAUCCUUCGAAGACAUAGUGCGCUCCUUGGACAAGAUGGAGAACGCCAGCAUCCCGUCGGUCACCCUCUCCAAGAGGGAGUUCCUCUUCAAGGAUGUGAAGUACAUGCAGCUCCAGAUGGCGUCCUUCACCAUCCACAAUGGGCCCGUUCCUUGCCAGUUUGAGUUCAUCAACAAGCUGGACGAAGAGGCCUACUGCAAGCCAUGGCUGAUGGCAAACCCCAACAAGGGCUUCCUGUUACCUGAUGCCGAGGUGACGGUCGAGUUGGAACUGUUUGUGAACAAGUCAACAGCAACGCGCUUGAACUCUGGAGAGGACCAGCUGGAGGACAUCCUGGUGCUGCACCUCGACCGGGGCAAAGAUUACUUCUUGCCCGUAUCAGGGAACUACCUGCCCAGCUGCUUCGGGUGCCCCCUGCAGACCCUGUGCCACAUGAGGGAGCCCAUCCAAGAGAUGUCGCCAGAGGCCAUCAGGAAGCUAGUUCUGCUGCCAUUGUGGUCAAGUGACAAUGAUGCCUCCUGGCCCGAGAAGCCCUUGGACAUUCCUAAGGAGUUGUGGAUGAUGGUUGACCACCUGUACCGCAAUGCUUGCCAGCAGGAGGACCUCUUCCAGCAGCCGGGCCUGAGGGUCGAGUUUGAACAGAUCCGUGAUUGCCUGGACACAGGGAUGAUGGAUACGAUCAAUGGCAGCAACCACUCGGUGGCGGAAGCUUUGCUGCUCUUCUUGGAGAGUCUUCCUGAGCCGGUCAUCUGCUACACGCUGUACGACAAGUGCUUGGAGGCUGCUGAUAGCCAUGUGCUGAGCAAUCAGGUGGUUUCCACGCUGCCCAAGUGUCAUAAAAACGUCUUCAGUUAUCUGAUAGCAUUUCUGCGGGAACUACUGCAGCACUCUGUGAAAAACCACUUGGAUGUGAAUAUUCUUGGUAGCAUAUUCGGGGGGCUACUGCUCCGUCCCCCUCCUGGUCACACCAAGCCAGGCAUUGCCGAGAAGCGAAAAGCUCAGCAAUUCAUCCAGCAGUUCCUCUUGCGGGAAGAGAUCACACUGUGAAGGCCGAGGACUAGUAACUAUAGGCAGGGCCUGUGUAAAAAAUAGUUUUGUAUAUUCAGAAAAUUAGAUUUUGCAGUAAUUGUGUUUUUUUAAAAAAAUGUAAAGACAUGUACAUACUUUUUAAUUCUGAAGCACAGGUCAGGUGGGAAGAAGCAGCUGCUACUGUGUUAGCAGCACUAUAAAGCACAGUGAGUUUUUAUAUUAAAAAUCCAGUCUGCACACUGGAUCUUGACUGUGGUAUGUCAUGUUUUGUGACAAAACAAUGUCCUUCUUUAUCUGCCAUUGCCUUAAUGCUUAAUCUUUGAUAACCUAAAUCAGCUACUUUUAUAAGCAAAGAAUGUAACAUAAAUAUAAUUAAACAUUUUAACUUAUUAAUGUC